UGCCGACGUUCAUUUCAUAUUCCAGCACCGUAUUUUUGGUCCAAAUGGGACGCACGGCACAGCCACAUCUCCGCCCCUCUCUCGACUUGAGCGCGCAGCCUCUUUCCCAGAGAAUUGAUUCAGUUAAACGUUGUUUCCCCCUACCCCCCCCCCACCUUUUACUUUUCUCUUACAGAGCAGCGGACGGAGCGGGGACUUCGGGCGGAGAGAGAAGUGAAUGACUACUAGAGGACUAACUCCCAAACACCGCCCAGCUGGCGGACAUUUAUCGCGAUGGGCACGCAUUAAGGCUUUUAAAUGUAGAUGUUUUAAGUAUAACCCACUGCGCACCGUGAUAUAUUUAGAGCGGGGGACUUUUUUUUGGGAUGGAGAGCGUGCAGGCUGUGGGCGAGGAUGGAGCGGCGGAUGGAGGCAAGUUAAUGAAGAAGCCGUUGGUCGCCCGGGGGACUCCCGCGGACGACGGCUCUGGCGGCGGAGGACCGUCGCCCCCCUCCCGCGGAGAUGCAAACAACGGCAAUGGCCUUUCCACCGCCAGGUUUAGUGCGUCAGACCGGAGCGUGGCGUCUAAUGGCCGGGGCUCGUCCAGCAACUCCAGCUCCCUCCUGUUGAGGCGGCGGCGCCUGAAGAGAAACCUCUCCGCUGCAGCUGCGGCUGCAGCCGCCUCUACCAACACCACCUCCAAGAUGAGCUCGGCCCUGUCCUCUGCGUCUCUGCACAGCCGGAGUCUGGACAGGAAGACCCUGCUCAAGCACCGGCACAACAUGCAGCUGCAGAGCGCGGACCGGGACUGGGUGAGGGCGGACCUGCACCGGGGCUGCGUGCACGUCCACGACCGGCUGACGCCGUCCUACCCCAGGCCGGUGCUCUGCACCGCGGACACCGCGGCCGCCGAGGUCGCGCUCCGGCUCUCCAAAACCCACGUUGGCAAGUCGAGCUCCGUCAUGCGCAUUUUCGCUAAAGAUAGCUCUAAGACUGACCAAAAUGGCAACUGCAGCAUGAAGUAUGAAUAUAAGGAUAAUCCACGCAAAGUGAAAGAAGAGCUGACUCCUCUGGAAUCCGCUGAACUGAGAAGGGAUGGCCAUGCGAGUGACAGGUUGAGACUGCUGCUCAUGGAGGAUGCCGAUGAUGAUGACCAGCAAAAGCAACAGGACGUUGAUGGGAAACUUUUUUCCCCACAAUCCGAGUCACAAGACAAUAUAACCUGUUCGCUGUCGGACUUGAACUCUAACGUGGACACCCCUAAUGAGGAUGAUUCCGAGCACAGGAACGGUGUGGACAGCUAUGGGAUCAACUCCGGCUCAGAUGUGGAGAGCAGUGCAUUUGAUGAUCUGAGCUCAAGUGCCCGGCUCAGCGAGCACAGGGACUCCCUCAGUGAUGACAUGAUUCUGGGAACUGAUGCCUCCAUCCUCAGUCCCUCCUUUGAUAGUGCCACAGAGGGCCAAGACAUGUAUGGGAGCUCUUCAGACGAACUGGAGCUGGACUGUCCUGUGUCGAGCACGACCAUGGACUCCAUCUCCCAACACCACACCAAUGGCAUCACUUCUGUUGCUGCCAACUACAAGCAGGGCAACGUGGAGCAUUUAGAUGACAUGACAAACAAUAUGGGGCCUGUUAGCAGACCACACAGCCUGGGAAGCCUGCCAUCCAGUAACAGUGCCAGCUCAUUGUCAAGAGUCUGCUCCACAGGUAAUACACCUGACACCCAAGAUCCGGACUGUGGCCCAGGUGCUGUAAAUUCUGGGAUAACUGUACACCAAAGUGGAGAUUCUUGGGAUUCCAGCCCCACACUGUAUGUGCAGCUGCACGGUGAAGCUGUGAGGAGACUUAAUCCUGAUGAGAGGCCUUUGCAGAUCCAGAAUGACUUUCUUUUUAAGCUUGGAUUUAAGGACCCUUGGAGAGUUCAAGAGGAAGGGCUCAACACUGAAAUCGGCUCCUUGUUACGCUUUUAUGCAGGUAAACCCCAUAGUAUUGAGAGCUCAGAGCGGGUACAACUGUCGGGGACCUACAACGUUCGGAAAGGGAAACUCCAGCUGCCCGUCAACCGCUGGACCCGCCGGCAGGUCAUCUUGUGCGGCACAUGCCUCAUCGUCUCCUCUGUCAAGGAGAGCCAGACAGGAAAGAUGCACAUCCUGCCACUCAUUGGAGGAAAAGUGGAGGAGGUGAAGAAGCACAAUCACUGUUUGGCCUUCAGCUCGGCAGGCCCUCAGAGUCAAACCUACUACGUCAGUUUUGACAACUUCACAGAGCAUCUGCGCUGGCACAGACACGCUGCCAAGAUGGUGUCCCAGAGAAUCAAUUCGGUAGAUCUGUCCUGCUGCAGUCUGGAGUAUCUUCCUCCCAACCUGUUCUAUAGCCAUGACCUCACCCAUCUCAACCUCAAACACAACUUUCUGCCAGCAGACCAGCGCCUUCAGCACCUGCAGAGGUUUUCCCGUCUGCGGAGCCUCAACCUGUCCAACAACCACCUGGGUAACUUCCCGCUGGCCAUCUGUGACAUCUCCACUCUGACAGAGGUUAACGUCAGCUGUAACUACCUGGUCUCUGUUCCCAGCUCUGUGGGCGCCAUGACCAAUUUGCAGACGUUCCUGUUGGAUGGAAACAGUUUAAACGAGCUGCCCUCUGAGCUGGGUUCCCUGCAGAAGCUCAGCUACUUAGGCCUUUCCUUCAACCAGUUCGACCACGUGCCCCAGGUUCUGGAGCGGUUGGCCGCCAUGGAGAAGCUAUGCAUGGCUGGAAACCAUCUGGAGACACUCACUCUGCAGAAUUUCAGACUGCUUCAUGUUAAACACAUUGAUCUAAGGUUGAAUAAAAUCUCCGUCAUGCUGCCAGAUGAGCCUGACCUGCUGAGGCACGUGACCCAGCUGGACGUGAGGGAUAACAGGCUGACGGACCUGGACGCCUCCGUCUUUCCCAGGCUGGAGAUGCUCCACUGCGAGAGGAACCACAUUGUCAGUCUCAAAGUCAAGGGCUGCUUGCUCAAAGGCAUCUACGCAUCCAACAACGAGCUACAACAGCUGGAUGUCAGUCCUGUGCCCUCUAAUCUUGGUUACAUGGAUAUUUCAAGGAAUCAGAUGGACUCGCUGCCAGGCUGGCUGGUCGAAGCAAAGAAACUGGAAGUUCUAGACGUGAGCCACAACCUGAUCACUGAGCUCCCGGCGAGGUUGCUUUGCAGCAGCAGUCUGAGGAAGCUCAGUGCCGGACAUAACAAGUUACAGAAGCUGCCUGAAAGAGUGGAGCGCCCUCUACUGGAGGUUUUAGAUGUUCAACACAAUCAACUGGUGGAGCUGCCCUGCAACCUGUUCCUCAAAUCUGACAGUUUACGAUGUCUAAACGCAUCGGCCAAUAAGCUAGAGCACCUGCCACCAUCCAGUCUGUCAGACGAAAGCCACAGCAUCCUGCAGGAACUCUACCUGACGAACAACUGGCUGACGGACAAGUGUGUACCCAUGCUUACUGGCCACACACAUCUACGAGUGCUGCACAUGGCCUACAACCAUCUCCAGACAUUCCCAGCCAGUAAAAUGGCCAAGUUGGAGGAGCUGGAGGAGUUGGACCUGAGCGGUAACAUGCUGAAAACUAUCCCCACCACCAUCAUGAACUGCCGGCGGAUGCAUACGCUCAUCGCCCAUUCCAACACCAUCGAGGUCUUCCCUGAAGUCAUGCAGCUGAUGGAGAUGAAGUGUGUGGAUCUGAGCUGUAACGAGCUGAGUGACAUCACUUUACCAGAGAAUAUGCCUCCAAAGCUUCAGGAGCUCGACCUCACUGGGAACCCUCGUCUCAACCUGGACCACAAGACCCUCGAGCAGCUUAAUAAUAUUCGCUGCUUCAGGAUUGAUCCGCCUCCAACUUUUUCAUCAAAUGAGGCAUCUGGUGGGCCUGCUGUGUGGAGUCACGGCUAUACGGAGGCCUCGGGGGUCAAAAACAAACUCUGCGUUGCAGCUCUUUCAGUAAACAGCUUCUGUGGGAGUCGUGAGGCUCUGUACGGCGUAUUUGAUGGAGACAGGAAUGUAGAAGUGCCCUACCUUCUGCAGUGCACAAUGAACGAUGUGCUGGCCGAGGAGCUGCACAAGACGAAAAGCGCUGAGGAUUACAUGACCAACACUUUCCUCGUCAUGCAAAGGAAACUUGGAACCGCAGGACAGAAACUUGGUGGCUCUGCAGCUUUGUGUCACAUUCGGCAUGACCCCACCGACCCCGGGGGCUGCUUCACCCUCACAGCUGCUAACGUGGGAAAAUGCCAGGUCAUCUUGUGCCGCGAUGGAAAGCCGGUGUCCCUGUCACUGCUUCACAAUGUGGCACUGGAGGAGGAAUACCGCAGGAUCAGGCAGCACAGGGCCAUCAUCACUGAGGAUAACAAGGUGAAUGGAGUGACGGAUUCCACAAGAAUCAUGGGCUACUCCUUUCUUUACCCUUCCGUCAUCCCUUGUCCUUACGUGAAGACGGUCACUCUCACCUCCCAGGAUGAGUUCUUCAUUCUGGGCAGCCGAGGCCUGUGGGACACUCUGUCUCCCACCGAAGCGGUGGAAGCGGUCCGGAACGUACCGGACGGCCUGGCCGCUGCUAAAAAGCUGUGCACGCUUGCCCAGGGCUACGGCUGCACAGACAGCCUGAGUGCCGUGGUGGUGCAGCUCAGUGUGAGCGAGGACUGCUGCUCCUGCUGCUGCUCCGAGCCUCCCCAGCCUCCCCCCAGCCCCGGCCUGGGGCCCUAUCCUCCAUCCUCCUCCACCAUCAAGGAGCGCACCUCGGACGGCUCCCUCCCCGUCCCCCCGUCCUCCUGCAGUGAAAUCAGCAGCGAGAUCAGCACCAGCGAGAUGAGCAGCGAGGUGGGUUCCACGGCCUCGUCUGACGAGCCUCCGCAGAGCUCCCUGGUGGUACUGCAGGACCAGUCCCACCACCCUCACCUCCACCUCCACCACCAGGGUCAUUUACUCCAGCACCAGCAGGCCCACGCCACCACUCAACCCUGCCAGUAUCUGCUCCCGGGCUCAGAGCUGCCCUCUGCUCGCAGCUGCUGUGCCCUCCAUCCCACCUGCCUCGCAGGCUCUUUUCAGAGGCAGUUGUCUAGCGCUACUUUCUCCAGCGCCUUGUCUGACAAUGGACUAGACAGCGAGGACGAAGAGCCCAUCGCUGGCGUUUUCUCAAACGGGAGCCGUGUAGAAGUGGAGGCCGACGUCCAUUGCCGCAAAGCAGAGCUGUCCUCGGCACCCCAAACAUUAGUACCCUCAUCCUCCAGUCAGGAACACGGCCCGCUCACUCUCCCCCCACCACCACCUCCUCCUCCACCGUGCACCCCGGAGCCCUCGGAGGAGGGACUUUACAUGAGCCAAGGGGAGGCUGAGAACGGGCUGGAGAGGGAUGAGUCCUGGAACGGUGUCGGAGCAGGAGGGGGAGACGUAGGAAAGUUGGCAGGAAAGAAGAGAGUGAACGGCUCGGUGGCACAGCAAGAAAAGAGUCACAACCUGAUAGAAGUGGCUGCCGACGCCCCCUCUAAGAAGUCUGGAGGUUACUUCACAGCUCCUGCCCAGCCCGACCCCGACGACCAGUUCAUCAUCCCUCCUGAACUGGAGGAAGAGGUGAAGGAGAUCAUGAAGCAGCAUCAGCAGAAACAGCAGAAGCCGCCUGGGAGCGAUCAGCCCACGGACUACUACGACACACCUCUCUGAAUAGCAGCACCAUUAGCUACAGCCUCAUCUCUUCCACAGCAAGAUAGCAGCUCUGUUAUUACCAUAUACUGUAUGUACACAAAUAAAUGGGUUCCCUCAAAUGCACAUGGAAAAAAAUUUGAUCUAGCUUUUUAUAAAUGGGCUCCCAUGAUCUGCACAGGCUAAUCAUUGGAUAAAAAUGCACUGCAAGCAGCUCCUCAUACAGAAAACAAGCAAAUGACCCUUUAAUGACACUCGACCUACUCGUGGACACUAGUGUCCAUGGUUGUGCCCUUCUCACAGACUACGGAGCGUUAUUUUUGCAUUAGACAAACCAGCUGAAUAUGUAAUCAACAGUAGUCUAUUUGCAAUAGCGUUAGCUUGUCACAGCACUUGUUUAUAUGGAUAACAACUGUGUGGUUUCUUUGUUUUGUAAGAACUUACCAUAUCUUUUAAUGUGAAAGCAGCUAAGAUGCUGACAGAACCUUUUGGAAACAAAGACACAUAAUCUUUUUAUUAUCAGUGAACUAUGAUGAAUGGUACACCAUUAAUACCACACCUAACUGUUGUAGAUAGGACACUUAAAUACUGCAUUUCUUCAGUAAAUCAUGGCUCUUUGCCUCUAAAAUGACACAGAAAUUUUUUUGUAGAAAUUUGCAAUACUAACUCCUAGGAGUUGCAUACUCUUUAUAGUGACUCAGUCACUUUUACUAAUCUUCUCUGAGAGAAAUGGUGAUUUUGUUUUCUUUUUUUUUUUUUCCAAUGACUGUAAAUAAGAGAAAUGUUGUAUACUGAAGAUUUUAAAGGAACUGCAUACCUGUAUGUCGGUGAAAGUUUUA